UACGUGCGUAAGCCGGUAUCACCUCCUCGUCCAUUCCUUGGGGUCAAACGAGCCUGCUGUCAUUUCUACCGCAUGGCCACUUCAUUUGAAAUUAAUCUUUUGCGGGUCCCAAUUAUGAGGAUGAGAAAAGUAAACUACCUUAACUAUAUGCUGGCCCCGAAAAGGAAGGAAAAAAUAUGCAAGUAAUUCUAGAUGAGUCCAGAAUUUGGCGCUUAGCAUUUGGGUAGAGAAUAUCAACACUGUUGUGAAAGAAUCAUACUGGGUGAGAAGGAUCAACAACAAGAAAUGGGGAGAAUCGGGUGCAACGUCGAUGGAAUUCUUGAUGAUACAAAGUUCAGCCAACCAAUUCCAUGGGUAGGCGUAUAUAUAGUUGCAGCAUCGCUAGCCUGCCUGAUCGGAAUGGCCACAGAUACUAUACUUGGUAUUUGUAAUCGCAAGUUCUGGUUCCCUUGCAAAUAUUUCUCUCUUAAUGCAACUUCCCUAACCUUGAUCGGUGUAGCUGUCAAAUUAUCAGUGGAUUUAGACACCUCCAUGCCGCGCCCCUCUGAGCAGCUUGCCAAACUCAGCAGCAGUGCCUUGAUCUGCACAAUUAUGGCUAAUUCUAUGCCUUCUCUUGGAGCUAUGGAGACCAAAGAUAUGUUCAUGAACCUUAUGGCUUUGGCUAUACUUGUUAUCACAGUAAUUGUCAAUAUCUGCAUGCAAUUAGGCACUGGUGUUAUCUAUGUUUUCUGGAGAGAACACAUCCUGUUAAUGUUCCUCAUGCUCAUAUUACUCCUGCUCAUGGUCUCCUCUGCUUUGACUGUUCCAACCACCAAACAAUAUCUGGAAUACAAAUACAGCAAGAAGCAUGAAAUGGCAGUGAAAGAAAACUUGGCCCAGACAGAAGGGCCAAUCACCCAGAUAUUUAAAGAUAAACUAAUGAAAUUCUGGAUGAUGGCUCAUACGAGUAGUCCCCAGUUUGUGAUGGGGAGGUCACCAACAUGUACCGCUUCUGGUGCUUUCUGUCUUCUCAGUGCUAUAAUACUAGCCGUGGCUAUGCUUCGAUCCUACCUUAUGCCUUGGAGUUUUAGAUUUUGUAGAGGUGAGUCCGAUUAUAAAUGGUCAACCAUCUUGAUUCUGGUGACUCAGAACGCUGCUGUAGGAGUGGGUACUAUUGCUCCAGCACUGAGAUGGUUCAUUGCUAUAAAAUUCCGCUGCCCAGAGGUAAUAAAAAGGAGCAGCCACGAGAAGAAGGAAUUCAGAGUGGAAACUUACUGGAUAGAGAGCUUACAUGAAAUGAAAGAUCGCCCUUUGAAACUACGAAUCCCUGAUCGGCAUCGCAGGAAGUUAGCCCAUGAUGCAAAAGUUUUGUUUCUAGACUUUUGCAUCCGUGUGCAGAAGGGAAUCGUGCUGAUCAGCAAAGCGACCCGAAUCAUUUCAAUUUUCCUUGUGAGCUCCAUCUUGGCGUGUUGCCAUCACUGCAAGAUACUGAAACCCAGGUUUGAUAAGACUGUGUCAAGUAUUAGCUCGGGAACUGUGUCGCAACCUGAGCCAAAGCCAGAUCUCAGACGUUUUGUUCUGCAUCUUGAAGGGGAGGAAGCACUAGUGGAGGUGAUGCUGAAAGAGAAUCAUGAUGCUACCAAUCACUGGAUUAGGGUAGGAGAAAAGAGAAAACCUAGGCAUCUCAUGCAACUAUUAGAGAAAUCAUCUGUUUCACAGGGCUUUAAGGGAGUGGGAGCUUUUGACAGUGAUAAAGUCCCAUCUUUACAUCCUGAAGAGCCUCCAAACAGUUGGUCUCUGCCUUUGGUGACACUUACUGCUAUUGCAGUCGCACUUCCAAACAUCACUAGGGAUUCAGUCAAACAAUUGCUUGAUACUGUUCAUGAAGGACUUCACUUUGUAGAUCUCGUGGAGAAUACUCUGGACAAAGAAGGAGAUUUGAUUAGAGUAAGAAAAGCAGCACAAAAAGUGUGGAUUAGAAUUGAUCUCUACCGUAAGUGGUUUGGUUUGGAUCUGAAUAAGCUGUCGGAGAAAAGCCCAGAAGAGACGCUCCAAAGAUUAGCUGAUACUGCUAAAGCCAAGUACGAGGAAUUCAAGAUGAAAAACAUAAAUGUAUGCUUAAGGGCAAGCCCAUCAGCAUGGCCCCUCGAAGUAAUGGCAGCGAACUCCAUGUACAGAAUAAGCAACACUGUUCUAUUUAAUUGUAAAAGCAAGAAUGAAUUUGGAAGCGAGACACUAUUUGAGGAACUGACUUUGGUGAUUGCUGAUAUAUUGGGUUCAUGUCUCGUUAACUUACCACAUGUUCUAUCGGUCAAGUGUGUGAAGGGUGCCAUUGAAGAGAGGGAGGACAAUGUGCGACACGCCGGUUACAUUUUUGGAAAGACCAAGAAGAUUAUGGAAAUGCUAGAACGGAGAGCAUUUCCUAAUCUGUAUCGGAGAGGUGCGAUCAAGAUUGAUGAAUGGCGCUUAAUCCAUGAGCAGAACAGCAGGUUCUUCCCCUUCACUCCAUCUUCACCGGAGAAUAACACUGAGACAACUUCUUCCGAAUCAAGUGACCUGUCUCUGUGCCAGAUCAUCGUGGGCCCGAGCUAGUUACCAAGGACGAGCUGGUAAUGGCAUGAUCAGGGAGCGAAAGAAAAUGGAAGGCACGUGGAAAAAGGAGACGGGGGCAGUAACAUAAUUCCUAUUUGAAUGUUAAUUGUCUGUAAUAGGAACAUACCAUUACUGUGGUGCUUUCAGCUUACCUUAAUGGCAGACGCUACUGUUUGAUACACAGUGAAUACACACAUCAAUUGCAAAAGUAUGUUAUAUAAAUGCCAUAGGUAGAAUAUUUGCGUGUU